AUGGACAAAAGUCAAAUCACCAAGCACAGAAGGUCUUUGGGCGACUCAGACAAUGACUUCGUCGAUCGCACAAGCAGUCACCAUCGGCAUAGACACCAGCGCCGGAGUGACCAGAGGUCGCCGAAUCAAACGGUCUCAAGAGCAUCCUUGCAGCCUCGAAGAGACUCCCGGCGAGAACGCAGUUUGAGUCCAUACAGCAAGCGAUUAGCUUUGACGCAGGCGAUGAAUAUGUGA